UCCAGCUGGUAAGCCUGCUGCUGAUUGGAAUUGCGGCAUGGGGAAUCGGCUUCGGCCUCAUCUCUAGUUUCAGAGUUGUUGGAGUGGCAAUUGCAGUAGGAAUCUUCCUUUUCCUUAUUGCCUUAGUCGGAUUGAUUGGUGCGGUGAAACAUCAUCAAGUAUUGUUAUUCUUUUACAUGAUUAUUCUUUUGCUAGUCUUUAUUGUCCAAUUUUCUGUCUCCUGUGCCUGUUUGGCACUAAACAAGGAACAGCAGAGUCAACUUCUAGAGGUGGGAUGGAAUAACACUAACAGCGCGAGAACAGAUAUUGAGAGAAAUCUGAAUUGUUGUGGAUUCAGAGUUUUUGAUCCAAAUGAAACCUGCUCCUCUGAUUGUUUUAGAAGUCACCAGUGUCAACCAUGUGCACCGAUAAUAGAAGAGUAUUCUGGAAUGGUGCUGAGAUUUGUUGGAGGCAUAGGACUUUUCUUCAGUUUUACAGAGAUUCUGGGAGUCUGGCUGACGUAUAGAUACAGGAACCAAAAGGAUCCCCGUGCAAACCCUAGUGCAUUUCUUUGAUAAGUUUAUAAAGGACUGAAUCUUCUCUCUGCACCCUCUACUUCAAAAUACUGAUUCUCCAUAGUUUGGUAUUUCUCCAUAAUAGGGAUUCUACAUGUACCAAAAAGAAAACUUUAUUUCCAUAAGAAAUUUGUAGUUUUCAUGUUUAAUUUCCCACUAUUUUUCCUCUGAGAAUCUCUACCUUGAAGUAGACUGGUGCAUUCAGUAGCUGGGCAGUCAGACGGCUGCUCUGAGCUGGUUAAAUAACUCUGUUAAGACUUUGGUAAUUGAUGUGGUGAACUCUAUACAGUGAGUUUUAUAGCACUACUGGCUUCUCUGGUGUCCAAAAAAACCCAAAAGUAUUUUCUGCUGUACUCAUUGAUUACAAAAAUUCACAUGAUUUCUUAUUAAAAUGAUAAAAAUAUAUGGUGGAUGGUUGGACUGUAUGAUUUGAUUAGGCUAUAGGAUGAACUCUAGUCAACUUUUUUGUCUUAAUAAUGGUCUCCCACUUUCCUGUUAAGGUAAAAAUAGAAGCUAAAGAUGUUAUUUUCUGUAGUGCACAUAAGUGUAUGUUAAUGACUGCUGUAGCCUUCACCCCUCCCCUUCCCUGUUUGUUUUGGCUUUCUGGUAGCUUUAGAGUUUUGUUGAGAAUAAGAUAAUUCUUUACUUUUUAAUGGAUAUUUUCACUACGAGAACAAUGAAUGAAGAAAACCGGGAGAAUGUAAUCUGCAGCUGAUUAACUUGAAACUUUUUUUCCUUUGACAAGUGAAUGACGUUUGGUAUUUGCACAACAUCAGAAUCAAUAGUGGUCUGUCAUCUUUAAUGUAAGAAACUUGAUGUCUG